AUUAUGCAAUAAUAUUUAAAGAAAGUGAAAAAGAGAAUACAAGAAUAGUGGAUUAAAUACGUUUUCAUCCUGAUAAUACUUGCAAUAGCUAUGCUUAGAAAUUAUACAAAUUAAAAAGUUUCUAAUGAGGAGCCUGUAAAAUUAACAGAAGAAUAGAUUUCUAAAACUGCAUAAUAUAAAUAAGACACAAUAAUAUAAUAUGGCAUAAUGUCAGCUAUAUUUAUUGGAAUCCUUGCUUUUGUUUAAGCUUUGAAUAAUAAACAUGAUAAACCUAAAGAUUAAGAAAAAGAAAAAGUAAAAGGUCAAUGAUGAUAUGUGGAAAUAACAGUUAAUUAUUAUUACCUGAUAAAUAAAG